AUCUAGACUUGCCCAUUGAUGGUACCUCUAUUAGGUGUUAAAUGUAAAAUUCAAGGCCGCAAGUCUCAAGGAGGCCUUUCCUUUGUGAAUCAUCGAGCUCAAGAAAAGUGUUGUCGAAAUCAUUGUUCUUCUCUUAUUUCAUUGAGGCUUAAAGUAACUGGCUAGAAUGAAGGAACUUUAUAAUACCCUACCUUUACCAGAUGACCGUCCAGUGACGGCACUUUGUGUUGUCGAAGAUCCGUCAAAAUGUCCUCUUGGCUACACAGUUGUAGCCAAAUCGCACGAUCAAGAUUUGGAUGCAGAUUUAUGGAAAGAUGGUUUUUUUGGUAAAAGGAUCACACGUUAUCUAUGCUUGUCAAAGACAGAAGGUCCUUCUGGAUUUGUUAUUGAUUCAUUGUGUGUAAUCAAUGACAAAGAUGCUCCCCCCAAUGGGUAUGUCUUGUUGUCGAAAACUUAUGGGGCUGAGCAAAGAGCUUGGAGGAAGCGGCAAUUAACCUACAGACUGAGCGAGAAAAAUUCAGUCUUUCUUGCCAUUACUGACAUCAUCAUACUAAGUAAAUCAAAGAAAGCUCCUGAAGGUUUUACCAUGGGUGGAGAAAUCAAUGGAUUGGUGCUGUGUUACAAAUCUGCUCCCCUACCUUCAAAUUCAAAUCCAAUGUUGAAUCGAGUUCUUCCAUCCCUACCAGCAGUCAACCUUAAACCCACAACAAAUUCAGGUUUCACUUCAUCUACACCAGUUGUUUCUCCUACACCCUACACAAAAAAUUCUUCCAAUGCCAAUCCCCAAAUCAAAUCUCCAGUAAGACCUGCUCCAUUACCUCCUCUCAACAAUGAUAAGCCCUCACCAGAUGACAACCCAGCCACAAAGAAUCAUCUUAUUGUCAUAUCAUCGUCUACACUAUCAGGUUUCACAGGCCUGGAAGGAGUUCCUUUCUCGCUAGGACCCCGAGUGCAAUGCGGAUCAAAUUUAUCAAGGAUGAACGGCGGUAUGAAACCCCACAAAACAGCUCAAGAGCUCAAUGCUGAGUACCAAUAUUCUUUCGCCACAGAGAGGGAAGCAAUGCUGCGAUUGUGACAAGCGUCUGUUAGCAGUAUCUGUUAUGACCUCUUCCUGGCUCUCUUUGCGUGUUCCUUGGUUCUAUUCAGUGAUAACUCACCACAUAUUAUUUUCUGUUUCCAACAAUUAUUCGCAUAGAAAUAACCAAUCGUGAAAAGGCUCUAUAGCGUGAAUACCUCUUUUUCAGGUAGUUUGUUUUCUGAAGUAAGCUCGCAAGUAGAUCCUGUGCUUAUCUUUCUUUCAUAUGUUUAUGAAGAUCUUUUUCUCUCUCCAAAAUACUACUUAUCCUUUAAAUUUGCUUCUACUUUCCCACCAGAAACAAAAAAGUCCCAACAACGUAUGUUUCUUAGAACGAGUCAACGAAUUAUUCGAGAUGUUCUAGGAUUACGGUUCAAUUCUGUAUUUGCCAAAUCUUUCUUGCCUCGUAUGGCAGAGAUACGCACAUUUACUUUAGGACGCCUAACGCAGUGUCCCAAAAGUGUUGAUCUUUUCGUUCGAAUUUCUAACGCACUUCUGUUUGCUCUGUUGUGUUUAACAUAUCACAAUUGUGCAACCUCAAUACAACCCUUAUUCGAUUGUUUACUCCCA